UCCUUAGCUUGGGUUAUCUGUAGAUUUGUAGGUACAGGUCCCUAUAUUAAUAAUAACGGUUGGAAAAUUUAUAAAAAAAAUAUUUCAGUGCUAAGCAAGUGAUUUUAACAUUAUAUGCAGUACAGGACACAUUUUCAUUUCAUUCAUACAGAACAUGGACUUUACCAGUACAGUUGGAAUGAGAUACUUUAAGCCUCAAAAGAUAUUUACAAACACUAAGUGUGUGAAAUAAAUCAGCUUCUCUAUUGUAAAUAGGAAUAAGCAUUACUGGUAAGAAUAUGUAUCAAUACUUUGCAAGACCUAUAUAACAGAUACAGUUUGAGAAGUAAUAGAGGCAGGAAAAUGAAAGACGCUUGUUCCCAAGGGAGACUCCAAGACUUUGUUUUUACACAGAAUGGAAAAAAAAAAAGACUCAAGCCCCCACAGAUCACCUAGCUCCACAUGGAUAAGUGGCAUAAGACAGUGAAAAUAAUGGCAUCUGGUCAUUGAACUAGUCACAACACCCUUAUUUUAUAAAGACCACAGAAACAGGUUUAAACGAUUACUACUUAAGACAUAAACAAAACACAAAAUGGAUAGAGUUUGGACACAAAGAGGUGUGCCAUACAGAGCUUGCCUGAUUUCUCUUAUCUUUGGGAUCUGUCCUUUUUUGAUUGGCUUUGUGGCACCAGACUGGCUGUGGUUUACAGACACUGGAGAAAAUGCUACUAAUAUAGAGGGGUCUUUUGGUCUUUGGGAAAUCUGUGUUGAAGAUAAAUGUUCCAGCAAUGAUGUUCUUGGAAAUUCUCAAGUUGAAGACUGGUUUCUUGCAGUAGUUUUCUUCCAGACAUUAGCCUUACCAUUUUACAUAGUUGCAUUAGUGAUGGCGAUUCUACAGAACUUUUCUCCUCGAAGAUGGCUUAGAACACUGCGAAUUGAAAGGUUUCGGAGAUUGUUGCAUAAAGACAGUGAAACUCCAGAAGAUUUAGCAUUUGUUGCAGGUUUUCUAAGUUUUUUAGCCAUUAUUGUCUUCAUGAUUAUGACCGCGGAAACUGUGUCUAAAGGAGCUUAUUAUUCUUGGGGCUUUGCUAUGUCGUUCACUGGUGCCAGCAUUCCUGUCAUUUCUGGAGUCCUGAUGUGUAAGGCACACUCACCAACAUUUAACCCACCUCAGCAGCCUCCAGAGCCAAGAGUUGUUCACACUCUUUCUCCUUCAAACUCUAGAAGAACAGCACGCAGAGCUCCUGAAAGGAAUCAAAGAACUGAGAGACUGCCAGAUCGGCGAAAUCGAACAUAGUAGAAAAGUUCAAAAGACUACCCGUGAUAGUAAAUCUAAUUAUCUGUUUUAUUUUACAUACAGAUUUAUUAAUGACACCUGUUGACAAGAAAUUCAUGUUUUUUUUUCUUGUUGAUUGUAAACAAAUUUAAAUGUACAGUAUAAACAUUGUUUUUUGUAAAUAAAGAACAACAACUUUGGCAGUUUUGUCAUAAUACUUAUUUUACUGCUGAUUUCAUCAAAUUUGCUUCAGAUGUAUAGCAUAAGGAACAUUUGUAUUUCAAAGAUGCACAUUUAAAUGUCAUAGUUUUACAAUUGUAUUUAUUAUCUUUGUUUCGUUAUUUAACAACCGUAAAUUUGCAUUUUACUUGACCAUGAUUUGUUUGUUGAGUCUAAGACCACCAUUUGGUGCUAUUAUUAUUUUUUAAAGAUUUUAUGGCCUCUUACACAAAAUGGAUCCAUAGUUUUACUUUGUCAACAAAAUGAAAUUUGAAAAACUAAAGCUUGUAUUAAAAUUCCUAACAUCAUGAUUCCCAACCUUUGUAGAGCAGGUGUUCACAAUUCAGGACUAUGCCUCGACUACCUCUAAAAAAUAUAACAAUAACUCUAUAUAUUGACCUUAUCUAAUCUUUAGUUAAAUGGUAAAUAUGAUCAUAGAAUUUUUUAUUUAUUAUAAAUUAGUAUAAUUGUAAUACUUAACAGUAUUGUCAUAGAUCUAGGAUUACAAUUACAGUUUAUACAAUGCAUAUUCUGAAACCAUAAUUAUCAUUAGGUAAGGAAAAAACUAAAAUUUUAAGGGCACAAACAUCAAACAUUAUUAGAAAUAUUAAUGAAAUUAAUGGGUGUAUUUUACUUACAUAUUUGACUGCUGCUUGUUUAAUGAUUGUUAAAAAAAAUGAGCUACUCUGUACUUUAAUUGCUUGAGAAAACAAAAAUGGUAAGAAUUUACCUAUGUUUAAUUUUGAUGAAAUCCUGAAAGUUAAUCACCAGAGAAAAGGUUGUAGACCAUGACCUCCUUCAGUUGCAAAGGGAGUAUGGAUCAGAAGAAGAGGCACCUAUGUCACAGACUUAAGAUAUGAUAACACUGCCUUAGAUCAACCUCUUCUGACAUUGUAUAAUAACAGAUUAGUGGGUGCCAUUUUCAAUUGUUUCUUAUAAUUAAUGAUACAUUUAUGUGAUUGGGAAUCAUAUUUAAAAAAAAAAUUACUUAUGAACCUUGCAGAAGCAACUUACUUAUAAUUUUUUGUUAUAUGGAAUGAACAGCAUAAACUUACAUACUUCAGAUUUGUAUAUUUUGCAAAAAAAGUGUAAAUUAAUUGUACAUAUAGAAAGAGCAUUUUAAUUAAUUUUUAUGCUUUGUCUCUUACAACUAAAAUAUUCAAUAAGUGUAAAUAUUGUAAGUACUGAAGAACUAGAAGGUUACUCGUUAGAAUGGUUGAUUGGAUCAACAUUUCUGAUGAACAAACAUUUUUUUUUUUCAACAUUUUGCAAACAAAUUAGUUAAAUUAUUAAUUUUUUUUAGGUUUCACAGGUUUCUUUUUUUAGUUUAAAAAUAAAUAUAGCUGUUAUUUAAUUCAAUUAUUCCUUUCUUAUUUUACUUUUUGAUUGGACAUUUUUUUUUACUUAGAAUUAUUUGUGUUGGAAAUAAGAUAUAAAUAGAUAGAUAGAUAGAUAGAGAUAUAUAUAUACAUGAAACUUCUAUUGAAAACUUUGCUGUCUAAAAGCUUAAUUAUUAAAAUUAAUUUACAUUUUUUUUUUGUUUUGAACAAGAUGGUUUUUGGGUUCUUAAAAGUAAUAAGUGAGUUAUCAGAUGCCUCAAAGAAUUUUGGGACAGAACUACUUGAUUACAUGCAAUUAACCCUUCCAUUUUUUAAAAUCAUUAACCUUAGUUGACUAUUUAAGAAAGUAGAAACAUUCAAACAGAGUUGCAUUGGAUUAAUUCAAUCUGAAACAAUGUUUUCUAUAGUCACAAAUUGUUCUGCAAAGAUUGAUUGAAGCCAUCAGAAAACUUUUUGUCAUACAUUGUAUUUUUUUAUACUUCUUAUACACAUUCAUAUUAUAGUAUCUUGGUAUAUAUAUAUAUAUACAUUUGCAUGUUUAUAUGUAAAUCACAGAUAAAACGUAUUACCAUGUGAAAUAUUUCACUUCUAUUUAAUCUUCGGACUUCGAAGACAAGUUUCCAUUGUUGACUGUCUUUAAGUGCUGCACAUUCUUCUGUAUGCAUAACUUGCUGGUUUAGUAGCUACUUUCUGUACUAUUCUUGAUACACAGUAGUUAUAUAGUGUCUUAUCACCUUGCCAGUUUACAAUCUUUCAAUGUGCCUUUUAAUUUUAUUUGAAUUGUUUGAUGAGCUUUAUUAAUUAGAUAGUAACAUUGUACAGAAAGCUUAAAGAACUUUAAGAAGGUUUAAUGUACUCUAGUGAACUGUGCCUUAGCAAUACAAAAUGUUUCUUGAACAAAAUUUUAUUCACUUUAAAAAAAUAUUAGCAUUUCAUAUCUAUAGACUAAUGUGAUGUUAGCAUUUCAUAUUUUUUAGACAAAUGUGAUGCUGUCUGGACUGGUAUUCUUCACCAAGUGACUCUUUUGGACAGAAUCUGUCAAAAUUAUAUUUUACUUUACUAUAACUUUCACUUUUUGUUAUGGGAACUACCUGUACACACAAGUACCGGUAUUCAUUUCUUAUAUAUUACCACUAAAAUAUCAAUAUGUAGAUAACACAAAGAGAAUCUAAAUUGACUACCAGCGGACAACAGUUAUGUCUGCUCUGAAUGUGGCAAAAUAUGUAGGUCUUAGCUGGGGCUGCAUUCCUCAUUAAUCUUUCAAUUUGAAGACAAGCUUUUUAUAUAAAAUAGUACCCCAUAUUUUGAAUGAAUUUCAAUGUUUGUAACUACUGACAAAAUGUAUGUAACUUAAUCAACAAUCAGAAGUUAGCUUCAAGAACUUACAAACUGACAUUUAUCCCUUUGUAGCCUGGUAUUUUAAAUGUUAGGGCUUCCUGAGUUCUCUAAUGGGUAAUUGACAGUAAAGAAAAAUCAAUUGUUUUCAUGUACUGGCCACAUGACACCGUUGUUAAACAUUGGCUUAAAAGACUAAUUACUAAAUUGAUUUUUUUUUCUAACCAAUCCAUUUUACAUUUCUUAUGAAAUUAAUAUUGGUUCAGUUGGGACAGUAUAAUAAAUAAUUCUUUAACAAAACAGGAUAACAAAGGCAUUGUAAGGUUCCAAGUUAAGCAGAAAAAAAUGUCACAUUUUAAAUUUUGGUUCUAUUCAAAUUUUUUUUUCAACAAGUGUUUAUAAGACUAGAAUAAAAUUUUGUUCAUUUGCGGAAAUAAAUAGUUCAUCUGAAUUUCCAUAAUAAAAGAUUCCUUAGGUUGGUGUUAAUUCUGAGUUACUAUCUAGCUUCUUGCUAUGAUACCAAUUCUAAGUAUGGUACUCAUAUUUGUUACAACUGACUAACAUUUGCAGCAUUGAGCAAGAGGAAUGGAACAUUGUCAUUUUUUAUGAGAAACAAAAAUGGUAUUGUCAACUGAAGGAGCUCAUUCCUUACAAAAUUACAACCAUUCCAAUCGCCCCCCCCCCCCCUUUUUUUUUUAUUACUUACCUAUGUUUUUUGUCUCUCUUUAAGCAUUUAACUGUUUCAACUCUUUUUCGCUAUCCUUUUUUCUUCCAAAUUUAUUGUGAUAAUUUGUUUUUAUGUAUGGUACCUGAUCCUUUUAAACAAACAAACAAAAAUCCCUUUUUUUUUUUGUUUUCUUUUUAGGAACAAAUGUCUUAAACCAAAAGAAACUAUACCUGGUUUUUGUCUUGAUUUAUUGUUUAGGAAAUUAACAUGCAUAAUGUAGCCAACUUGCUUGAGUACAUGUAAAAUUUCAGAUUUGUAAAACCCUGCUAUUGGGAUGCAUAUAUUCAAAUUGUGAUAACAUUUAUCAUAUUUUAAAAUGUUUAUAUAUAUAUAUAUAUAUAUAUUGUGUACUUUAUUGAGGUUUAGACAAACAUCAGGCUGUAAUUUUAAGCCCAUUUACUGUUAUACUUUUUUUUAUCCCAAGUUAAAUUGUCAGACUGAUAAGCUGAAGUUUGCACUUAUACAUGUCACAGAUCAUUUGCCUCUUAAAAGUAAAACCAUCUUGUGAUGUGAAAUAUGUGUGGGUGUGUAUUAUGAAACAUAGACUAGUAGUACUAGGAGACCUCAGUUUGUGGAAAAAAUAAAGACAUAUUUCAUCGUAAUACUAUCAAUUUUCUUUUCUUAUAAUUUGUCAUUUAAUUUCAUUUAGAAUACGUAAUGCUAUUGGAAAGUUCUCAAAUCUUAUUAUUUAUGACAUUUCUUAAUGCCAUUGUAUGGAGCAUGACAUUUCUGACAAAAUUAUGCAUAUUCUGUUAACAGCCAUUGCUAGUCUUUGAUUUAUUUGAGAAGCGCAUAUAAUCGAAUAACAUUAUUUGAGGUACAAUACACUUAGCUAAACAAUAAAUAUUACUUAUAUGGUCUUUCUUGCUUUGGAUAUUACCCCUUAAUUUAAAUACUCACAAUCCCUGAAAUUCUGAAAACUAUCAGUACAACAUGAAUGAGAACAUUAAUUAAAUUGUCUUAGUCAAGUUUUGAGUGAAAAAAAGCGUUGUCAUAUUUUAAGCAUUUAUUUAUUUUUUUUCAAAGUAGUUAGUUUCUUUCCCAGCAUGUUAUUGGGCAGUAAAGUCACUCACAUUUUGAAAUGAAAAACAUGUAUUUGUUGAAGACUAAAACAAGUUGAAAACCAGAGAAAAAAAAAGCGAAUUCUAAUUUAAUAAGAUUUAUUAUUUAAAUAUAACAAUAAUAUAGAUUACCCUAUAAAAAGAAACAUCAUUCAUACAAAAAUGUUCAAGGCUUUAGAUGAUAACUAUAGGAUAACACUAGUUUAUAUAUCACAGUAUGGUAAAUAAAAAAAAAAAGUCUCAAAAAGUUGUUUUAAAAAGUCAUUUGAGGCUGAUAAUAAUUCACAAGCUUUUAUUCAAAAAGAUAUAAUUUCUUAGGUAACAAACAAACAAAAAUACUGUGAAAGUUGAUUUAGAAACAUAACCAGACAAAAGACA